AUGUCUUCUCUCAACAAUCUUCCAGCAGAGAUAUACUUGAACAUAGUGAACCAUUUAAGUUUGGGCUCACUCAUUGCCUGCAGUAAAGUGUGUAAAGCGACUCGUUCAGCAGCACUCCGCGUUCUCUACAAUAGGUACACCUUAUCAAACCGUCAAUUAAAGAAACUGUCUUCAUUUUAUGAAAAGGAAAAUGAGAUUCAGACAAACAAUGAAAUACAGCAGCAUUCUGCGACCGUUACCUCCACAGAAGCAGCAUUGUUUCCCAUGCAUUAUGUGAGAAAACUAAUCAUCUCCUUCUUUGGCAAAACAGACCGAAAUGAAGCCAUUUUUCGAAAGAUUAUCGUUGGAUUUACUCACCUCCAUCUCAUAAAAAUAGACCAUUGUGAACUAUGGCAUUUGGAACAACUGUUACAUUUAGCUCAGUCAAGCUUCUUAUGCUCGUUACGGGAAAUCAACUUUUCAAACUUUUAUUCUGCUCAGGAUCAAUCUCAUUGGGACAGUCUUUAUUUAUUGCUUAAUCAAGCGUUGAGCAAAACGAUCACCCAUCUACAACUGGAUCACAAUCAAAUACUGCAUCUAGUCGUACAGCAUCUUCUUGAAAGCAACAAUAACAGCAGCAGUACGAAUAGUACGGAUACAAAUGUAACUCGUCGAGUAAACGACUAUUUGAAAGAAUUUGUGAGAUUAAACUCACUCAAAAUUGACAAUGCCAGAAGUCGAAGAGCAGCUUUAUUGGCAAACCAUGGAGAAUCAAUAAUCAAUGCUGUGCUAAAAUUGGAUAUAUUUACUUUUUUGUCCCAUUGCCCCAGCCUACGCAAACUGCAUUACAUAUCCUACGAAGAUAAAUUGGUCAAUGAUGAGCAGAAUGAUAUGAGAGCAGCAAUCAAUCAUCAGCCUCCGGGUACACCAGCAACGAAUACUGCUUCCUACAUCACACAUAGCAUGCUUAAAAAUGUAUACCAUCAUCAGUUGAAUGAAUUACAUUUGGAGUUGGGUUGGUUAACAGAAGCAUGUACGCAAACCAUUGCCACCCAUUUACCACAUCUAUCCAUCUUGAAAUGCAUAUUAAACGUCUGUCAAGACAAUAACAAGUAUUUGCAGACAGCAAAAGCUCUCAGAGCCCCUAUGUUUGUUCAAAAACUAUACAGCUGUAAACAAUUCAAAGUGGGACUGACCAAUAUUCCGUCACUGACUGAAGACGAAGAAAGACGAGGAGGCCGUGAAUGGAACCCUGUCAGAAAUGCGGAAGGACUAGCCACAAGAGAACAAAAUCCAGGGAAUGACAUCUUGUACGCUUUACUUUUUUAUGAGGCAUCCCCUCGCUCGUCACGAUCCGUCAGCGCAACAUCCACGGCGCCAUCUUUUUUACAACAUCAGUCUCAGUCGUCCACAAUGUCCAUAAGCAGUGCCUUCAAUCUUAAUUGCAAUAUAUCACCCACAGUGACGUCCAACCAUCAUCAAAGUAAAGACAGCAAAGCAAUCAAAUUUAAAAUUGAAGCGGAUUUUAUGAUGCCUUACAGUCAAAGUUCCAGAAGCCAUAAAAUAGACUCUAUUGAUAUUUCACACUCCUCUGCAAAUCAGGAUAACGGUGCCAAUAGUUGGACAAAGGUGUCUUUGUUUGUUACUGAUUACGGAAGAAGACGCUUUCAUGAUGGCUUCAUACGUACUAUUUUCCGUGAUGACUCGGACGACGAAGGAGAGGUCGAAGGCGAUGGCGAAAAUGAAAUAAACAACGGACGACCCGGAGGAAGAACACGUUUUCGACUGAGGGAUAUCGUGGAUAAAAUGACUUGCUUGAAAUUUGCUACAUCUAUUAAAGUGCUGGAUAGAAGCAUGGACGUAUCUCCUGUUUCUUUGGAUGAUAUCUUUGUCACUUCCAAAUUAUUGACAGUGCAUUCGCCUUGUCUGGAUAGCUUUUCUUACAGAAAUGGCUACGGUAAUUCGAUGGAAAUAAAAAUCAACUUUCCAAAUAAAAGCAACACCAUCAGAACAGAUAAAACCACACAAGAAAGAAAAGAAGAAAAAGAAGGAGCCAACACAGCCACAGAACAACAGCAACAACAACAACAACAACCAUGUCAGCAGAACGCUCGUCUUUUGGAAUUUGAAAACAUCAUUUUAAAAGAUGACCACUGUCCCUAUUUCUUGCCCAACUUUUUUGAUCAUGUAGAAGACUACAGUGACAAUAUCCUCCAGCAUGUUACAGCGCCUUUAAUGCCUUGCGUGCCUUUUGUUAAAAAUGUUACCAUCACAGGCUUCCACUUGAACGACAAUGAAGAAAAAAAAACGACUAUCAAUAUGACCAACAUGCAAUAUCUUCACACACUUAAUAUCAGCAUCAGAAAGGAGGUGCUUAGAUCCGUCAGUUCCUUUUAUUUGGUGGUCAAAAUGAAAUCAGAGAAAAGAAAUCUUGCCAUUAUCAAAUAUGGCUGUCGCCUAAAAGUUCGCAGAGGACAAAAUGAUUUCAAAAGGGUCAAAACAUUCAAAGAAGGAGCAAAGUCGAUUGAAGUGAUCACAAUUCUCUGUAAUAGAAUCGAUCGUUUAAGCAUUUCAAUUAAUCACUUUUCCACGUCAGCCAUUGGAACACUAACACCUUGGGCAGAUGCUAGCAUCGAAUGA